AUGACAACAAAGAGAAACUUGGCAGGGAGGGACAACAAUGGACAUUUUGAUCAAUAUAAAGAAUUUGUUAAGGGUGUGCAACUUGGAUCUUUGUUCCAUGUACAGCUGUUCCUUGAGGAUCAUCCCAAUGCAAAGAAUGAGAAGAUCACAGCUCAGGGCAAGACAGCUCUUCACAUUGCUGUUGCUGCGGGACAUGAGAAUAUAGUGGAGAAGCUGGUGGUUUUAAUGUCGGAAGAAGGAUUGGAAAUACAAGAUGAUGAUGGUUGGACAGCUCUAGCUGAGACAGCUUUUGCUGGUAACUACCGGAUGGCAAAGUGCAUGCUUACAAAGAACACGCGCUUGGUCAGCAUUGGAAACGUGGAUGGACGUCUUCCGGUUGUUCUUGCUAUUGAAGGUGGUUAUAAAGAAUUGGCUUGCUUUCUCUUUUCUCACACUCCGCUAAAAGAUCUAGAAGGCAUCAGCGUUGCUACACUUUGUACGAAGGCUAUAUAUACCCGGACGUUAGCUAUUGCUUUGAAUUUACUCAAGAAUGAUCGACAUUUGGCUCUUGCUCCAGGCAAAGAGAAUGUCUCCCCUUUGUAUGCCUUGGCUUCUACGCCUAACGCAUUCCCAAGUGAAAAUCAGCUUGUGUUUUGGAAACGAUGGAUCUGCUCUCGUUAG